AGAGAGAUAAGCAGUAGCCCCAGCGCCCCAUGGCUGCGCUGCGAAGGGUAGCACUUCUACUUGCGAUAUGCCGAUGUAUAGAUGCCGGAGGCAAGAGGAAGGCGGGCUCGUCAAAGGCUUCAAGAAGCAACAGCAACCCUGCCCCGGAAAAUUGGAGCGACAUUUUGCAGAGCGUCUAUGAGCUUUCGCAGAAGGCGAUGAGUGGAGCUGGGUCAAGUGGCGGAAGCAACUCUGAAGACUCUGAGGCUGAUAAUAUGUCAUCAGCAUUCCCUGACAGCCUGAAAGGGCUGUGGGAGGCCAAUCUGCAUUCUCGAAUCAUUGAGCCGUGCGAGCGCUGGGUCAAUGCCAGCGAUGAGAAGAUGAUGCGUACGGAGCGUAUCGCCAGUGCAAAAUUCAAUCUUUGUGGCUGGAAUGCAUUUUCUGGAUUUCUGGCCGGGGCUGUCCCAGUGCCUGGUCUCGAUCUUCUUGGAAGUGCUGGUGCUGGGUUCCUGCUGCAGGCGCAAGGCGCCUGCAUUGUAGCCAAGAUUCGGGGCUAUGACGUGCACGAUGAGAAGACGCAGGCAAUGAUGCUUUGGGCCCUCACGGGCGAGGCUGGUUCAGAGGUGGCCAAGAAAGUCGUCCAAGUAGCCACGAAAACUGCUGGCACAACAGCCGGACGAGCAGCACUGAAGAGUAUGCCGAACCAGGUGUUCAAGCAAUUGAACAAGGCGGUCUGGCCACUUCUGGGCCGGCAUCUCAUUACCAAGGGCCCGCAGGGGUUACUGUCACUUGCCAAGCUCACGCCUCUUGUGGGAUCUGUGGUGGGCUCCGUUGCCGGUUCUGCCGUGGAUUGGAAAUUCUGUCAGUUGGCGAUAGACCACGCGGACCAGCAGGUUUUCCGCAUGAUCAACAAGGAACAGGAGGAUCCUUGUUCAGCGGCAAAGGAACUACGCAGAUUUCUGAUGGACAGUGACUUUGAGGAUGAAGUCAAGGCCUUGAUGGACGCCCAACUGGAUUCAGACACCAUUUGUGACGUGGAGAAGUCUGAUCUGCAGGAGCUCGGCCUUCCCCUGGGGCGAAUCCUGAAGCUUCGCAAGAAGCUUUUUGGCCCAGACGGACCUUGCCGUCAAGAGUUGUAGACGGUUUUGCACUGACUAGUUCUCGGCGGUGAUUUUCCAAAGGACUUAAGUCGAGACAUGUGAAAUUGAUCGAUUGCAGGUUUCUUAGGACGCCUCCUUGAUAGGAGCUUUGUUUGCACGUGCCUUCAGUCGAUGUAAUACAGGGAAAGGUGGGAGUAUAAGACUGUGAGGAGUCUCAGCGAAUAGAGCAAACAUGAGCCUGGCAGGGCUCGCCGAUCUUGCAGAGCAAGACAGACGGGUUGGUGAUCCUUGGAUAGAUUGUCGAAAGCAAACGGACGAAACCUGAAAGAGGCCUCGGC